UUUUUGUUUGGGUGAAUAGAAAAGUCAGUUUCUUCGGAAGCUAAAGAAAGGACCUUGGAACCCAAGUAAUGAACCAACUAUAAAAUGAUGCAGGAUUUCAGUCAUUUCUCUCCAAAAAAAAAAAAAGAAGAAAUGACAAAUCUUUUUUAAACCCACUCCACUCGAAACAGAAACAGCCAAGAUUCUUUCCUCAAAGUCGAUCAUCUUCACCAUCAUCAUCCAUCUAAGCUCGCUCAAACACUCACUCAUAUAGGAGGGUUGAAAAAUGGCUCCUCCAAGCCUUCUUGGACCACCAGAGCUCCGCAAACCCGUAACCAAACCCGACUCCGACUCCUUGGUUGACCACCUCGUCUCCAACUUCAACAAAACCAGUCCCGACCCGAUCCCAGAGCAAAGCCCCACUUUAUGCCAAACCGAGAACAGUGCCCCAACCUUUCUCUCCUCCGGCAGCCCCUGCCUCGACUUGUUCUUCCACGUCGUGCCCAACACUCCCACUUAUUCUCUACCCAAUAGGCUCAAGUCGGCUUGGGAGCUCGACCCCUUGACCACCCUCAAGCUUAUCUGCAAUUUACGCGGGGUUCGUGGCACCGGGAAGAACGACAAGGAAGGCUUCUACACCGCUGCGCUUUGGCUCCAUCACAACCAUCCCAAAACCCUUGCUUCAAACGUCGCGUCGUUUGCCGAUUUUGGCUUCUUCAAGGAUUUGCCCGAGAUUCUCUACCGCCUCUUGGAAGGUGAUGAGGUGAGGAGGACACAGAAGGAAGAGUGGUUGCUUAUAAAGGGAUCGGGAUCGAGAUCGCGAUCGAGGGACUCUAAGGAUGGACCUUUUGGGAUGCGUGGUAGACCUCUUGGAGGCAUGCGUGUUGGACUAUCUUCCAGGAGGAGUAGCAGAGCAUCAGUGUCGUCCAAGAAUACAACCAAAAGGGGGCCUAAGUAUAAAGUUGUGCACACCUUGCCGAGGGAGAUUAGGGUCCAAAGAGCAGAGGAGAGGUCUAUGAGGGAGAAGGAGAUGGCCAAAGAAUUGAGGACCCAGAAGCGAAUCGCCAUGGCCAAGAAGGUCGUUGAGAAAUACGAGAGUGACCCCAACUUCAAGUUCCUGUAUGAAAAAAUCUCUCAUCACUUCGCUGAUAGUUUGAAGGCCGAUAUUGAGUUCUUGAAUUCGAAAGAGUACAGGAAGAUUAGCUUGGCUGCCAAAUGGUGUCCUUCCAUCGAUUCCUCUUUCGACCGCUCCACUUUGCUCUGCGAAAGCAUUGCCAGAAAGGUAUUCCCCCGAGAUUCAUAUCCUGAAUACCAAGGAAUCGAGGAGGCACACUACGCUUAUAGAGUCAGAGACAGACUGAGGAAGGAAAUCCUUGUUCCUCUCAGGAAAGCUUUGCAGUUGCCGGAGGUUUACAUUGGAGCUAACCGGUGGAAUUUCAUUCCAUACAACAGGGUUUCCUCUGUUGCUAUGAAGCUUUACAAAACCAAGUUUUUCAAGCAUGACAAGAAGCCUUUUCCACGCAAAUCCAAACACAAACACGAAAGUGUGGCUUCCUCCGAGCCCGUGAAACUACACAAACACAAAACGUUUUCAAAGUAUCUGGAGGAUGUGAGAGAUGGAAAGUCCAAAAUUGCAGCGGGAGCGUUGCUUCCCCAAGAGAUCAUAGCAUCUCUAUGGGACGGUGAUGGUGGGGACGUUGCUGAGCUUCAGUGGAAAAGAAUGGUGGAUGAUUUGUUAAAUAAAGGAAAGUUGAAGAACUGCCUUGCUGUGAGUGAUGUCUCUAGAAGCAUGAAUGGGAUUCCUAUGGAGGUCUCGGUGGCAUUGGGUUUGUUGGUCUCUGAAUUGAGCGAAGACCCUUGGAAGGGAAAGAUCAUCACUUUCUGUGAGAACCCUCGGUUCCAUGUGAUACAAGGCGAAGAUCUUCGAUCAAAGAUAGAGUUCGUGAGAGCCAUGGAGUGGGGCGGUCACCCCAAUCUCCAGAAGGUGUUUGAUCUGAUUCUGCAAGUGGCUGUCAAUGCAAAUUUGAACGCAGAGCAGAUGAUUAAGAGGGUGUUUGUGUUUAGUGACAUGGAGUUCCAUCAAGUUUCACCGACUAGGUGGGAAACUGACUAUGAGGGUAUAAGGAGGAAGUUUGGAAAGAAGGGUUAUGAAGAUGUGGUGCCAGAGAUUGUGUUUUGGAAUUUAAGAGAUUCCAGGUCUACUCCAGUGCCUCGUAAACAAGAAGGGGUAGCUUUGGUCAGUGGGAUUUCGAAAAAUUUGAUGAACUUGUUUUUGGAUGGCACUGGAGAAAUGAACCCUGAAUCUGUCAUGAAAUUGGCUAUAUCAGGCGAGGAGUACCAGAAACUUCUUGUGGUGGACUAGAAAAUAAAAGUUUCUAUUUCUUGCAUAAAAAGGAUGGAAAACUGUAAAUCAUAACUGAGACUCUUGGUCUUGUUCAUAUUUUGUUCCUGAAUUUUGAUGAUUAAAUGGUAUUUUGUAUGAUCUGUUCAUAGAACUGAGACAAAACCGUGAACAAUCUAUGUUGAAGAAUACCUCCAAGUCAUAAUAUUCCGUAAUAUAUUAUUUCCAUUUCUUGUA